ACGACGGCGUUCUGGUAAGAAGGCGAAGAGGUCGAAGAACAUUUCGCGGAAGCGAGACCAGGAAAAGGUCACAACCCGGCAUCACGCUGGCUAACGACCUAUCCGGAAGUGCCGGCGGUCCCGGUGCAGGGGGCGUGGGAUCCGUCGGCUCCGUCGGCUCGACGUCCGUCGGAGGCGGCGGCGCCGGUACCGGUGCCGGCGGUUCCUCGUUGCCGACGACCGCUCUCAGCCUCGAUCACCAACAAUUCAACAUAUUCCCGGCUAUCUUCAGCCGCCAAUUGAACUUCUCCGCGGCGGCGGCUGCUAACUGCGGCCAGAACAAACUGAUGGACGAGCUCAGGCCGAACCUGGGCCUGUUAGGGGUCGGUCUCGUCGAAAACGACAGUUUCCACUUGAAUCACAACCAGGAGAAGAGGAAGUGCAGCAGCGCGAGCUCCAACGAACAAGAUUUCAGCCUUUACGGGGUUCACCAGGGUUUGGAAGCUAGUCCACCCACCCCUGCCGCGACUCCUGGGAGAAGCAGCGUCGGGGCCACUUCUACCGUCGGGGCGGAAGGAGCUUUCAAAAAGCUGAAACCGGACCCCUGCGCAUCGAGCCCUCACAUCGGUCACACCCCAACCACCGCCAGCUGUCCCACCCCCGCGCGCAGACGGCACAGGACCACUUUUACCCAGGAGCAGCUGGCGGAAUUGGAAUCGGCGUUCGCGAAAUCCCAUUAUCCGGACAUAUACUGCAGGGAGGAGCUGGCUAGGUCCACGAAAUUGAACGAGGCUCGGAUUCAGGUGGAAACUAAAACAUUAUAUAAAAUUCGUUUGGAAACGAUUGUGAUGGGCACGACGUCCUACCCGAGCAUGACUCAACCGUUCUCCAUGUCGCAUUCAGCCUCGAACAUGUCAGCGGUCACUGGCAUGAGACAAGACGCGAUGGGUAUGUCAGCGGAGGACGAGUGGUACAACAAGAGCAUCUCAGCUCUCAGAAUGAACACGGCCCACCACCCGAAUCUAGCCGCGCCUAUGCUGCAGUAUCAAACAUAAUUGUAAACAAUUGACCCACCCGGAUCUACUCGACGAGAAAACGUAUAAUAAACGCUCGACUCUUCGUUCAGAUAUGGGAGGAGAAUUGAACAGUUUGCCGAGAAAUCGGAGGAGGGGGGUGAGAACGAGAACGAAGACGUCGAUUAAUUGAUUAACAAUUUAACAUGGAUUUAUUCGUUAAUCGAUAAUUACCAUAGGCGUGUGUCUACGAUUACGACUAAUUUCAAUUAAAUACGAGAUCUAUCACCAGUCGCUUUGAUCGAGCUUUCAUUCACAAGAAUUUAACCUGGAUUUAUGGUUAAUCGACAAUUGCCAUAGGCACGUGUCUAUGAUUACGACUAAUUUCAAUUAAAUACGAGAUAUCACCUGUCGCUUUGAUCAAGCUAUUAUUCAUUUUACGUUCAACCUUAGGAACGGAUACACGAUUGAGUCGUGUAAUCGACGAGAUCAUGCAAUAUACUAGUUUUCACGUUUUACAUUGAACGAUUGUACAAUGGCUAGGUUUAGAUAAUUUUAUGAUCGUCGCCCUAAUUUGUCACGCGAUGGUGAAACGCUGUUUAGUUUAAAACGGGCAAACGCCGCCGGUUACACCAAUUAAUACGAAUCUAUUGAUAAACAAUAGAUAUUGAUAAAAUUCGACGGACGCACAAUUGAAAAAUGCUUUUCGUUCCGUUUCUUGACAACGAUCUGCGAAGGAGGCACGUCUCGUUGAACAAAGUACGAGGGGCUGGUUGUAAAUAAGGCGAGUGGGUGGUGAGAAGGGGGGGGGGCGGAAGACGAUACGUAUACAGUGUAAUCGAUAUUCUAGCAUUAUGCGAAUUUUUCAAUGUCCUUUUAAACGAUGUAAGCAUACCCUUACCUACCUACCUACCGUUUAAACUUUAGCGGAAGAAUAAUUAGGUGAUAAAAAUUAUUGAUUUGUGUGUGCGCUUAUGUUCGCCGGGAAGGAUUUUAAAUAAAUGACAGAGCGGUGCGAGUUUGAGGCGCGAGGAGUGAAUCUGACGAUGCGAAUUUUCAAACAGUUCUCGCGUUGGAAAUUUGAAGGGCGCCAGGGUCUCGUCUGUGCAACGAUUAACGUGCACUUUGAACUAUCCUGAAGGAGAACCACCUGUGGAACCACUUUAUAAAAUUCAUUGUUAGGUAUUAAAAUCAUUUCCGAUGUUUCCACGAGCAGUUCGAUUGGUUCCACUUUAAUUUGUCAAAGAGAAACGUAUUUUAAAACGUGAGGAAAGUACAAUAUCGUGGAAAAAUAUCCCUGGCGCCUUUCAUCGGUGAUAUUUGGAUCUGUCCAAUCAACAACAAUCGUGUCUAUAUUGGUGUCAUUCUUCGAAUAAUUGUCUAAAUAAUUAAUAAUAAAUCGAGGAUGAAUAAUUGCAGACGAUCGCAUCGUUUUCGUGUAGUUUCGCUGCAAGGACUCGAAGAGCCGCGGAUUUUUUUGCAAUUAACCGAACAGACUUCAAUACUUAAAGAACCAUUAUUCACGUAAUAUAUUGUAUAACGCUAAAUAAAAGAGAUCAAGUAGAAGUGAUUAAAUAGGUAUUACGACGAGUAAAAUCAAACACUGUUUCUAUUAAUUAACGCUGGUUUCAAUCUGUUUUUAAUCGAACUUGCAGAAAAAUCCGCGGGCCUAAUUAUAUUAAAGUAAUCGCUCGCGGUUGUUCCACGCGAAAUGUUCCUAAAAAAAAUUUGUAACAUAUCACACGGUUAUACCAAACAGUCGCACGACACACACACACACACACACAUACACGCACAUUCACACGAGCACACGUGUUUUGCGUGUCGAACACGGAAAAGAAUAACGUCGACGGGAUUAAAGAAACGACGAAGGUGGAAAAUGUGUAACGAGGGCGAGCGUAAUUCAUAGUUUAUAAGCAAGGGUCACGUAUUGUACGUAUGUGUUGUACA